AUGAAUUACUUGCGGAAAAUAAAAAAGUACAGAGAAGAAAAUAGACUUAUAAUUUAUACGGAUGAAUCAUACGUCCAUUCCUCGCAUGAACUUAUAAAAGAAAAAGUUAAUGCCAAGGGUGUCGACGAGUGGCGAAAUAUCUGCGGCAAAGUUAAACAAUUAGAAGACGAUUAUCGCAAAAGUGAUCAUAUAGAACACCAAAUAACAGAAGAAUUAUUCAUUCGAGUGGGGCAAGAUUCGGACAGUGAUGCGAGUGAUUCCGCUGACACUGAGCAGGAUGGUGAGUCAGUCCCAGGAUCAAAUUAUGAAGAGCUGAUCCUGGGAUCAUCUGAUCCUGCUGAUCCUCGGGUAUUUUCAUUCGAUAUACCUGGAAUACCGCCUUUAAGUAACAGCGAUUAA